GGAAGACUGGCCUCACCUGGGACGGCGGCGGAGACAGGUGCGGGGCUCUCCGCCGGCCCAGCAUCCCUUGCGCGGCCAGGGGCGCGGGAAAGGCCUCCCGGGCGGAGGGGUAGACUGCCGCGGCCCGAGGGGGUCGCGGGGCUGCGAGGGGGCCAGGGAGGAAAUGCUGAGGCGGAGUUUGGUGGUUUCUGCCCCGGGCAAGGUGAUCCUGCACGGCGAGCAUGCCGUGGUGCACGGAAAGGUAGCUCUGGCAACUGCUCUGAACUUGAGAACUUUCCUUCGGAUGACUCCGCGACAUGAUGGGAAAAUCUCACUGCAGUUGCCUAAUCUUGGGAGCAGAUUCAACUGGGAAGCUGCUGACCUCCAGCCCCUGCUAGCAGCAUUUUCAGUUGAGCUGCCUGAUGCUCAGCCACCCAGCACUGAGCAAGUGGAGAAGCUGAAAGAGUUUGCAGGGGAUGAUAACGGACAUGAAGCAGUCCACCAUGUGGCUACUGCAGCCUUUCUUUAUUUGUACUUAAAUGUUGCAUCUAAAUGUGGGUUUCUGCCAACUGUUGACAUCUUGGUGUGGUCUGAGCUGCCCACUGGCGCUGGGUUAGGCUCCAGCGCAGCGUACUCUGUCUGCCUGGCAGGGGCGUUGCUUUCUGGAUGCGGAGCCAUCAGUUUUCCUCUGCAGGAGGGCCAAGUUGUAGCUAGGUGGACUGAGGAGGAGCUGGACACGAUCAACAGGCUGGCUUUCCGAGGAGAGCAAGUGAUCCAUGGGAAUCCUUCUGGGGUGGACAACGCUGUGAGCACAUGGGGUGGAGCCUUACGGUAUUUUUCAGGAAAAAUCUCCUCAUUAAAAAGUGUGCCUACCCUGCGGAUUUUACUGACCAACACUAAAGUUCCACGGAGCACCAAGAUCUUGGUUGCGAGGGUUAAAGACAGGCUCCUGAAGUUUCCUACUAUAAUGGAGCCAGUGCUCACUUCAAUAGACGCAAUUUCUCGGGAAUGCGAAGGUAUUCUUGAGGCAAUGGCUCACGAUCCAUCACAGGAACACUACUCCAUGCUGGAGGAGCUGGUGGACAUCAACCAGCAUCUUCUGAACGGGAUCGGAGUCGGCCACCCUCUGCUGGACCGCGUCUGCCAGGUCGCUUCCUCCCACGGGCUCCAUAGCAAACUGACAGGUGCGGGGGGAGGCGGCUGCGCCAUCACUCUACUACCACCAGACACUGCUCCUUCGGUGGUGGAAGGUGCCAUCCGAGACCUUGGCAGCUGUGGGUUUGAGUGCUGGGAGACGGAUAUUGGGGCGCUCGGAAUAAGCGCACACUCCCUGCCCUCCCUGAAAACAGAAGUGCAGAAGGUUUUGAAGGGGAGCUAAUGGUGGCAGUGAAGACUGACUCCCCCGCCUGGGAACUGCCCUAACUUGGAGUGGACCCCCCAGGCAUCUUCCGAGGCAGCCUGGCGGUACUCUGUCGGUUUGGGAUGGGUGCAUGCUCAGUGGGACUGGGGGCUGCUGAAGUACAAGGGGGCCGAGGGGCUGGUAGCUGCAGUCUUCCUAACCGCUCCCCUGCCAUUGCCUUGGCUGCACCUGAUAACAGAGCGGUCUUUGGCCAUGCUAAUGUGAGCUAAGACCUGUUGCCCACUGCCGGGUCACAGACUCUAAGAAAGCCAGGCAGGAGGGGGAAUCCCUCCCCCACCUGUCACACCCCACCUCCCCAAAUCAUUCCUUGGUGAUUUUCUCACAAUGCUACUGGACAGUAAAGCUCCCCUUAACCUCCCCACCAAUGCUUUUUCCUUUGCUGUCUGCAGUGAUUCAGAAGCUCCCCACCCAACCCCAAAAAAACCUGUCCAGUUGCGCUCUGCUGCUGAACAGGAACAAGGCCUGGCAAGUUUGCUCUGGGAGAUCAAGUUGUUAACUGUCUCUCUUCUGACUUGUCCCUAUUUUUUAAUGCUUCCUGGGGAAUAUUCCAACACGAGCAUUACUGCAACUGCACGGGGGGGGGGGGGGGGGGGGGCAGGCUCCCUUGUUAAUGAAAGCUAAGUGGCUUGAAAUGGAAUGACAAAUGGGACCUGCUGAAUACCCUCGAAGAAAGCGCGUUUCUGCCGGGGCUCAAGUUUGUUUUGUUGCAUUUGGCCAGUUAAUCAACUCAAGCUUUCUGUUGCCGGUGGAUAGCCUGCUGAGUCAAAAGCUUGCAGGUUGAGGGGAUGCACUUUAUGGGGUUCUGAAUAAAGGCUGGGUAUUAAAGGUG